AAGCUUCCCUUCUAAUCACCACAGAAAGAGACCUGUCUUGUGUUGUGGAAAUGCAAAUGUCAAGCAAUUUUUUUGCUCUUUAUUUAGUUUAACGCCUUUGAGUAAGACAACGCAGACAUGUCUACGGCAAUGAACUUCGGAAGUAAAUCCUUCCGACCUCGGGCUCCCGAUAAAGGCGCGUUCCCCUUGGACCAUUUUGGAGAGUGCAAAGCUUUUAAAGAGAAAUUCAUGCGAUGCCUCAGAGACAACAGCUUUGACAACUCCAAGUGUCGAAUGCAGUCCAAAGACUACCUGGAAUGCAGAAUGGACAAUCAGCUGAUGGCCAAAGAACCUCUGGAGAAACUGGGCUUCAAAGAUCUCUUGGAUCAACCACCCAAUGAGAAGACAGAGACCAAACCAUAAAGCAACCAGGUCACAUCCACUUCCACAUAGAGAUGUGUGGAAUUUCUGUCUGUCCUCAUUUGUACAUAAUUUGUUGUAAAUGCGUGUAAAUUAUACCCCAUCCUCAAGAGGAUUUAUAAAACCUG